ACAUGUACUGCAUUUCUUUCAAGUCUCUCUCGCUCUCUCUCAUUCUGUUAAAUACCUUGCCUCAGCGAUUUCUCUUUCUCACUAGUUAAAUAGGCUAGAUAGAUAUAUAGAUAAAUAGAUAUAGCUUACCUUAUUUCCUUAAAUAAUCCCCUUCCAACUCUUUCUCUUUCCUUCCCGUUCUCUUACACAUUCUCACGCUAUUACCAGCAUUUAUACAAAUGUCCUCACACACAGCUUUGUGUCCUUCUUGUGAAAAGCUUCUUCCAAGUUCCACUCACAUUAUCCCACUUCAACAUUUCCAGUAAACUUGGUAACAUACCCAUGCACCUCCAUUUGCACCCAUACAAAUCUACACACUCAAGCAUGGACACAGGCAAUACACAGGCAUGCACAAUACAUGCACAUUACUCCACAAGUCAUGAGGUAAUUUUCUGUCAGCCAUAACAGAAAUCAUCAAAAAGGGGAUCUAAAAGUUCACAGGGAUUACUGAACUGGAUUAAAAUUCCGCUGAUUCUUCAAACGAGGCAAAAAUCACUCGGUAUUUGAAAUCUUAAUUUGUCUAUGGACCUGAUAAAAAUAACCACUACAGAAUACAAUAGUAUGUUGGUCUGUAUGUGUGACCUGGACAUAUGUUACAGAUAUCAAAUACCAAACCUCUUCAUUCCAGCUUACAGUACUUCCAAGAACUUUGUCUCCAAAUCUUCUUCGACCCAACCAUCUGAGUGGUUAUCUAUGAUGAAUGCGUAUUACUGUAAAUUGCUCAUGUCUCUCACAAUCAAGUGAUUUUAAAAGUACCAACGACAGUCCAGAGUGAACUCGACUUUCUACUAGUAUACCACUGACAAAGCCAGUCUGCUGCCAGUAUAAACAGUAUUCUAUUGUGAACACACUUUAGAAACAGUAUAUUCCAGUAAACAUAAUCCUUUUACUGCCAUACCAACAGCAGAACUGAAAAUAUCCCCCUACCACUUUAACGAAGUUAGUCAACAGUAUAAACACCAUUUUUACCAAUAUACCAAUAGUAAUCCAAUAGUAGUCCAGAUUUUACCAUAUACCAAGAGUAGUCCACAGCGAACAUAACGUAGUACUAAUAUACCUCAAUGAACAUAACCCUGUUACUGGUACACCAACGGUAGAAGACAGUAAAAGCGAAAACAUCUCUCUACCAGUAUGCCAACGGAAGUCCUCGGUAAAUAAUCAUAUAAUAAAAUAAAUAACCAAAUAACCAUACAGUUAUUUGAAAUGGUUCAUGGUCUCCCAGAGAAUAUACUAACCAUAUAAAUUUUAUUUUCCAACAGUCCAUAUACAGCUAUACAUGGUUCAUGGUAUUCUACAAAAAUUACCAACCAUAAAUCAGUUACUUAUCCACAUGAUCGUAUAGCCAUAUAAUGCUUAUCCACCGUCCAUAAAAAGCUUAUUGCCCAUAUAAAUUUGCCUAUGGUUCAUUUUUCUCCUGAGAAAACACCAGCCAUAUAAAUGAUCACGGUCCAUAUAUCGUUUACUGACUUAAUAUAUCCACAUACGGUUCGGGAUCUUUUUGAGAAUACACCAACCAUACAAGCCGAUUACUCUAAAUCCAUAUAAUGCUUAUUGGACGCAUAAAUCCACCAACAGUUCAUGGUCUUCUGGAGAAUACAUCAACCAUAUUAUAAGUAUCCAUCCACAGCCCAUGUACAACUUACUGACUGUUAUAUUCCAACAAAAGCCUGUCAAGUACUUCAACUGAUUUUCCCAGUCGUACAGAUUCCAUUGAUGGUCAAACUGUGGUACCCCACCUUACAAGCUUAACGUUACAGUUUUCUUUCCGUGCCAAAGAAACCGCUCAACCAUGACCGAUUCAAAAUUCAACAAGCCACAGAAGCUUCUCCAGAAGUUAUGGGAGUUUUUAUGCUGCCAACAAGGUGUGAAGAGCUGCUGCGACUGUCACUGGUUUCAGGAGAAAAAGAUCUCGAAAAGUGACAUCCAGCAUUCAGUGCAUAAUCCCCGUCUUGACUCGACGAGCAGUCAUAGCGAGAGCGUCUCGUCACGGGAUCGCGUCGACUCGAUCGACAGCCGUGCCCGUACAGACUCUACGUCGUCUACAGGAACGCUGAUGAAUGAUUAUCGACGCGCCGGUAAGACACCCAUCAUCGAUAUGAAACCGAUAGAAUUCUGGGCAGCAAAUCGCGAGAGCAUUCAACCACGUCCAAAACGGCGUCAUCCGAGUGAAGCGGAAAUCAGCGUCGAAAACUUCCAGCGAGAACUGUACGAGGUAAACAAAAGCGAGGGGUUAACCGAUGAACAAAAACUAGUCAGGUAUCAACUCGGUCAGAUCCACUUCGGACUUCAGUAUGAUGUGUCAGAAAAGGUCCUUAUGGUUAAAAUUAUCGAGGCUAAAGACUUACCGGCACCGUACUGCUUGGAUAAGGAACGUCAAGAUAUGGCCCGGUCGAACCCUUACUGCAAGAUCUCCUUGCUUCCAGACCAAAAGAACUCGCAGCAGUCAACAGUACAGCGCAAGACACAGGACCCAACUUGGAACGAAUACUUCAUGUUUGAGAUUCCUUAUAAGGAAGCUCAGAUGAGAAUUCUUGAGAUUUUAGUCAAAGACUUUGAUAAGUAUUCCAGACAUUGUGUUAUUGGCCAAUUCCACUUGGCACUCAACUCAGUCAAGUUAAUCAAGGGUGGUCACAUGUGGAAACCAUUGUCACCAAGUUCAAAGGAGAGACACGACCUAGGUGAAAUCCUUCUCUCACUCAAUUAUUUGCCAAGUGCUGGGAGACUAAAUGUGGACAUCAUUAAAGCUAAACAGCUGCUACAGACAGACCUGGUUGGAGGUUCAGAUCCAUUUGUGAAGGUAACUCUGACCAUCAAUGACAAGAUCAUGAAAUGUAAGAAAACUACCUGUAAAAAAAAUACAAUUGACCCAGUUUUCAAUGAGUCGAUCAACUUCAAUGUAUCGCCUCGUCAGCUGGCGAAUGCAAGUCUAGUUGUGUCCGUGUGGGAUUAUAACUCGAAGAGCAAGGACGAUUUCGUUGGACGUAUUGUUCUCGGUAAGAUGGCUACAGGUCCGCAUGAAAUUACGCAUUGGUCUCGUAUGGUACAGUCACAGCGUUCGGCCAUCGCUCAGUGGCAUUCACUGCGCACGCGCCAAGAAUGUGAUGCCGUCUCAGCUGCAUCAAUUGCUGUCCCUUGAGACUUAGAAGACAUUGAAACUGUUUGUAAUUGCACGUCCAGAAAUCAUACUGAUAUAUAUAAACACAAAUAGACUAAAACACACACAUGCAUAUAUACAUGCACUCUCUCUUUUUCUCUCUCCUUCACCUUCUCUCUCUCUCUCUCACUCUCUCUCUCUCUCUCACUCUCUCUCUCUCUCUGCUUAAGCUAUCUUAAUAAUAUAUGGCACUAAGGACAUACCCAUCAAACAACUACUAAAACUAUCACCUAUACCUCAAAAGAGCAGUAACACGGUCAUUAAAACUAUCACUUAUACAACACCAUUAAAGUAACCUCUAAAACUAUGACCAAUACAAUAACAGAACUACUACACCAACUCAAUCGCCAAACUACCACCUAUAGAACACUAAAGCAUCACCAUUAACACGGUCAUUAAGACUACAACAUCACUACUAAAACUACCGCCUACACAAUGACUGAACUACUACUAUAUAGUAACACAACUACUAAUACUGUCACCUACGCAAUAACGUUGCAACACCACUAGUACAGUUAAUCCAACCUAUACAACAGAACAACUACAGCACUGACUGCAACACUACUUCCCUCCACACCCACAACACCAAUACCUCUACUUCUAACACCACCACCACCACCACCACUGCUGCUGCUACUACCACCACUACUACUACUACAACAACAACUACUGCUGCUGCUACUACUACUACUACUACUACUACUACUACUACUACCACUACUGUCAGCAACAACAAUAACAGCAAAUAUAACAUGUAUAAUCAACACCAUAGUAGUAUGAGCAACUUCAAAAAUGUGUGUCAAUAUAUAUUUCAAUGUUUGUGAGACCUUCUUGCUCUCCCCCUCCUCCCCACUCUAGUUAGCCCUCACCUAUCUAGUCUCCCUACAUUCAUAUGUUGAGUUAGCUCCUCCUUGCUGUAGUUAUCUAAACUCUCCUUUUAAUAUAUUCAGAAUGAAUCUCGUAUCCUGUAUUUCCCUGUAUUUAUAUUCCUUGUGGCUUUCUCAAUCUGUUGGUCACACAAAAGCUGAAACGUGGGCAGGUAUUUUACCUGCCAAAAUAUAUGGUCAGUCAUUUCAUUUGCCAAAGAUAACAAAGCACUCCCUAAAUACCCUGCAGUCUUAAAAAUCUCAAAUAGCAAAAAGAUAUAAGCUAUAAUCAGGCUUUUCCCUAAACAUGUAAAUCAACCUUAAGAGAUUGCUUCUUAAUUUCUUGCAAUUAUAAGGUGGCAAGCUGGCAAAAUCGUUAGCACGCCAGGCAAAAUGCUUAGUGGCAUUUCGUCUGUCUGCACAUUCUGGGUUCAAAUUGUUUUUCAUCAUUUUGAGGGCUCAAUAAAUUAAGUACCAAUUGACCACUGAGGUCAAUGUAAUCGGCUAGCACCCCCCCCCCAAAAUUCCUGGCCUUGUGUCAAAAUUUGAAACCAAUUUCAUGCAAUUAUCUCCCCUUUUUCUUUGAGAGUCACUAACUAUUGCUGUCAGAAUAUUCUUUUCUGUGCCCGACUAAGAGGGAAAUUUUCCAAUAAUUAAGAGCUUUUGGUAUAUGACAUACUGCAUUAAUACAUCACUCCUAAAGUUAUUAGUCUUAGAUACAUUAUAUCUAAAUAAAAUAGGAUGGUCACAGGUGAAAACUUUUGAUCAUAGGAUUGUUUGAUCAGGACUGACCUGGGACUAAUUAACUACAAUUUCCUCCCUGGAUAUUAUUUCUGUCUCCUCUCUGUUAAUUGCAUUGCUUGUUCAUUGCUUCUGCCUCAGCUCUUUUAAUUCAUUAGUGGCAUUACUGUUUACUUGAUACUAACACCAGAUCAUUUUAACUGUUUCACAUCUCAUAGAAUUAACACCAUUCCUUCACUCACCACACUUAAUUCAAAAUGGUGGUUAUGUUGCUGUUUGUUCAUUUCUACUCCUAGUUUAUUCAACUUUGGUCACAAGUUGGUGAGAGAGAACUUCUUUAUUGUCAUUUGACUUGUUCAAUAUAAUCAUCCGAAAUGUCCUUUCACAAACUCCCUUCCAUAAGUUUUAAGCCCUAAAUAUCAAAACAACAUAUGGUGAGGAUAUAAGAAUGAAAAAAUGGCAAAAAAGAAAAACCAAAAAACAAAACAGCAAAGGAAU